GAAAAUACAUAAUUAUUAAAUAUUAUUUUGAGAAUUUCCUUUUUUUGUCCAACUAGAAUGAUUCAUCCGCAUCACUUCUGCCCGCCACCCACCUAUGACCUACCCCGCCCGGCAGCGAACUUACUAGAAAGCUGAAACCCCCACCCACCCUUCUUACACAUACAUACAUAUUCAGUCUUUUGGAUUGCGCGAGUUGACUCACUCUACACCUUCUCCUUCAGUCUACCCAGGGGUGUUCUGAGAUCACAAAUAACAAACAAAAAUGGCAAACACGGUGAAGGCUGUAGCAGUUCUUAACAGCAGUGAAGGUGUCACUGGAACCAUUCAAUUCACCCAUGUUGGAGAUGGUCCAACUACAGUUACUGGAAAUGUAACUGGCCUUAAACCUGGUCUUCAUGGCUUCCAUGUCCAUGCUCUUGGUGACACAACAAAUGGCUGUUUGUCCACAGGACCACAUUUCAAUCCAAAGGGGAACCAUCAUGGGGCUCCUGAUGAUGAAAUUCGCCAUGCCGGUGAUCUUGGAAACAUCACAGUUGGACAAGAUGGUACUGCUUGUUUUACCAUCACUGACAGUCAGAUUCCUCUCACUGGACCAAAUUCUAUCAUUGGAAGAGCUGUAGUAGUUCAUGCUGAUCCUGAUGAUCUUGGGAAAGGUGGCCAUGAGCUCAGCAAAUCAACUGGAAAUGCUGGCGGGAGGGUUGCGUGUGGUAUCAUUGGCCUGAGCGCGUCCGAAUGAACUAAAAGAAGAAUGGCGGAAGUGAAGUCGGAAUAAAAGGAAUUGUUGUUCACUUGUAUCUCUGUUUUUUUCUUUCUUUCUUUCAAUUUGAUGCCUUUCAUGAGCUUUUAUAUUGGGAUGGGUUCAUAAACUCAAGUACUGGUAUGUAGUAGAGUCUCUAUAGCAACUUGUGACUGUUUUUUAUCUACCUUCUUUUUUGCUUGUCAACACUUUCAAGACAAUAAGUUAGUAGUUUGUUUUCUACACAACUCUUUUCUGAGUUUUAUUUCAACAAUAGGUAACGCAUAU